GGCAACUAUGCCAUCCGCAAGAUAUGCCUCAGUACAACUAAUGUCGCUGGCUGGGGCAACUAUGCCAUCCGCAAGAUAUGCCUCAGUACAACUAAUGCCGCUGGCUGGGGCAACUAUGCCAUCCGCGAGAUAUGCCUCAGUACAACUAAUGUCGCUGGCUGGGGCAACUAUGCCAUCCGCAAGAUAUGCCUCAGUACAACUAAUGCCGCUGGCUGGGGCAACUAUGCCAUCCGCGAGAUAUGCCUCAGUACAACUAAUGUCGCUGGCUGGGGCAACUAUGCCAUCCGCAAGAUAUGCCUCAGUACAACUAAUGCCGCUGGCUGGGGCAGCUAUACCAUCCGCAAGAUAUGCCUCAGUACAACCAAUUUUUUGGGUCGGGGCAACUAUGCCACCGGAAGAUACGCCGCAGGUUCGCGCCAUAAGAUGGUGACCAUCUGA